AUGAGUUAUACCUCUCCUAUUGAGGUGUCGUCCGUCUCGGGCCAGGUCACGCCUCCCUACAGAGCAGUUAGCCUCCACAUAAGUGACUCCAAAGUUACCACACAUCAGCUCAAUUUGUUCAUUAAAGUAAAAAAGGGCCUUAUUGACUUUUCUAUUCCACCCCGCUAUAGAAGAAGAGAGCAUAGAUAUCACUCUGAAGUUGGAACUUCGUUUUUCUACUCAUUCAGUAGAUUGAACAACCAAAGACGGGGUUUUGAAAGGACUCCUGACCAACAUCAGGAUGACAUUCCUACUGGAAUAGAGUACCGUCAAGGAAGCCGUGGAUACGGUGAAGCUACCACUGAGCAUGGCUUUCCAAUUCCAACACGCCGUCCAAGAAGGGAACAUCGAUUCUACAGCCAAGCUGGUGCAGCUUUUUUCGUCUCCAUCAGUUUUAUGUACAACCGAAGAAGACUACGGAAUGAAGGUUACCCUUAUAUUCUACAGGUCAUAGAUAUAAUUAUAUUAUUGAUUAUCUGA